AUGGGUCAGGCCUGGACCUCGCUUGUGGUCGAGGGGUGUGCGGCUGAAGCAGAAGCAGCCAUCGAGGCUGUGCAGGCUCCCGGUGAAGAAGUGUCGAUCCCUCUCCUCACAGGUGACGACAAACGCUGCUGCAUGCGCUUUGUUGUUCGCAAGUUUGGGCGCAAGAGUUGCUUCCUCUUCAGCUGUGGCCACACCCUGCCGACGUGCAGCGGUGUUCCAUCGUGGCCUCUGGAGAUCCGAAACGCCGAAGGUCAGGGCAAGUCCGCCUACGCCGUCAGCGAUCUCCCAGAGAAUCAGAUCCUCCUUGAGGAGGAGCCCUUCUACACCCGGACUCCGCCCGCGGAGCUGCACGGGCGGCCAGAGUGGGACGAGGACUGGAGCGCCGCCUUCACUCGCAUCAAAGCCCCGAUGCGGCUGCCUGGUGGAGAAAGUGAGAAGGAGAAGCCUCUGCUGGCAAGUACCGCCCUCGUCCGGGACGUCCUCGGAUUUGUAAAGAUGCCGGAGAGCUUACGAGGUGCUCUGAUGUCCUUCAGCUUCCCUCCGCUGGACUUGGAGCACGGGCUUGUCGACGUCGCACUGCAACUUGCAAAGCUCUGUAAAGAGCGCUUGCCAGAAUGCAAGGCCUUUCAGGUGGAGUGGCUACAAGUCGGGAUCCUGGUGACAGAGAUGAACAUCUUUCCUGGUGGCAGGGUCUUUUGGACAAUGAGUCGUAUCAACCACAGCUGCGCUCCCAACUGCGUGUUCACGAACGCUCCCGGCCGCUGGGGACUGCGAACGCUGCGACCAAUUCGCAAGGGCGAGGAGCUCACUAUCUCCUACCUGGGUGAAGAGCUACUGCUUCCCACGAGCCAACGCAGAUGGCUUCUCUGGCGGUCAAAAUGUUUCAUUUGUCAGUGCUCUCGCUGCACCAGCUCGGAGGAUCCCUUGAGAGACCGUGCUUGCAUCUGUCUGGGCCGGGCCCCGCUGUCCUGGCGAGUGGUGCACAAGCCUGCGGUUUGGCAGCGCGCGGAUCCCUCGACGAAAAGCCGCGCCGUGGCGUUGCUGAAGGAAGGCUUCGUUUUCGCCUCGACCGGAGAGAUCAGAAGAACGGCGGAGGGUGCAUGGGUGCAGGUGGAGAAGUGUGAAGUGAACGGGCAAACAUCCGGCUGGGGUCUGAUUGAUGGAGCAGCCCUGGGAUUGGGUCGUCUGAUCGAGCCUUGCGAGGGCAGGCUUCCAUCGCUAUGCCCGCAGGAUGGGGUUGCUCCUGGGGAGUUGCGAGAUCGCCUGCAAAAGCGAGCGCUUGCUUCGCGAGCAGGUCUUAGAUUGAACUGGUAUGACGGAGACAAUCUCGAACGACACUUGCUUCCUGCGGCCAGCGCGGCCACACAGUGGAGGCGAGAUGACGGUGAUGACGAGGAUAUCGACACGGAGACGGGGGCUGAAGUCCAAGGCCCCGCUUUUCUCCCCAUCGGUUGGGCUCGGCUUCGCGGAGAGUGCUGGCACUGCCGAUGUGGAUGCAUCACCAAAGCGAUGGCUGCCGAAAAAGAGCUGUCGGAAGUGGCCCAACGAGUCUUCGCGCUGUCCUUGCCAGAACAGCCGAGGGCUUCGCAAGCGGGCGUCAAGGGCCUGGCCCUCCCGGACGAAGGCUUCGUUCUCACGGCCUUGCGUUUGGCAGACGAUGCGGGACGCCUCUUCGGCCGCCGACACUGGAUUUGGCAGUGGGGUCUUCUUUUCGCCGUGGAUCUGGACCUCUCCCUGAUCAGGUACACAUAUAUGCAGUGGGAUGCAGCUUUCGCAUCUCGAACGACAGCCAUGCUCAUCGAGGUGUGGGACUGGCUCACUUCGCUGGGCCUCUCGCAGGAGCCUUCGUUAUUUCUGCAUAGCCGCGCGCAGCGGCUUGCAAAGGAGCUGGAGAGUGUGAUAUUGCCCAAUCACCCGAAGGACCGUUUCAGGGAGCUGCAGGGAGAACUCCGACGUCGCUUGGAGGCUUCCUCUCCAUCUGUAAGCUUGCUUCCGCCGCGUGAGUUCAUCCCCGGAAGUCUUUUCAUCGCACACUAG